AUGUUGGAAGAGCGCUUAGAAUAUCUUGAUCUCUUCCAUUUUGUUACAAAACUUGCAGGUGAAGACACAUCAUUUAUUAAUAUGUUCCGUGAUUCUUUAUCAAGAGUUCUAAAAGCGAAAGUCCAAAGAAUUAUACAAAAUCUAUCUCCAAAAGUACAAAUAAAAUCAGACCAAGAGUUCGUUAGACGACCAGAAUACACAGAAUUACUCCAAGAAACAAAAACACAAUUUUAUGGAAUAAUAAAUUCGAUAAAACAGAAUCAUUUAUGGUUUGGACAAGGUGGCGGUAUCAAUGUCGGCGAUCCAGCUGAAGCACUUAAGCAAUUUGCUACAAAAACAUCUUAUACCGUUCAAGAUAUGGUUAUUCUUCGAUCAAUUCCAAUAGAACGAAUUUGUUUCUUACCAGAACUCUGUUUAUACCAUAGAGCGCUCUUUCAUGCAUGCUUAUCUGACGAUGAUUUUGUUCGUUCAUACGCAUUUUCUCAGAUUUUAGAAGCGCCUCAAUUAAUGGACGCAAAACAAUACUUUGACGUAAUGUCUGAAGUUAUUACUCUCUGGGGAGCCGAGAAGAUUACAAUUGAACUCGCCGGAGGUUUACAUUUUUUAUUAGUUUCACUAGGCGAAGUAAUUUCAGAUAUAUUAGACGAUGAGAUACAAUUAAAGCUCUACUCUCUAAUAGAAUGCGCAAUUACCUCUCCAAACUUUUCUUAUUUGUUUAUUUUUGAUCCCCUUCUCAAAUGGCUUUCCAAGUCAUUUCCCAAGGAAAACAUCAAGAGAAUAGAAGAUGCUUCUCUUGAACUCCUCAAAAACGGCUCUCACGCUCACGCUUGUUUAAUUUUCUCAUCAAUUUCACGCGGAUUUACGAAAUACGGGCAUCUUCUUGAGACAGUCAUAGCCACUAAGUCAUGUAUAGCUAAUUGGCCGCAUACUGUCCAAGUAGAAACAAGGAGACACCUCGCAUCUCUCGCAACUCGCAUUCCUAAGGAUAUUAUGAAGGAUUUGCUGUUACAGAUCUCCGAGAUGCUCAGUAUACCUAACACUAUCUAUGUUUAUUCUGAGUUUAUCACAUCAUAUUUUACAAAUUCAAAUGCAGAUUUCUGCGAGCCUUUGUUCAAAACGCUUCUGAAUAUCAUGGCCGCAAAUAAAACACAGGAAAUAAUAAGAAUGUUCGUUGCAUUAUGUGCUCAUCCUGUUAGAUUUUUAAAUGCAAUGACAAUUUCACAGGAUAUGGAAAUAUUCAAAUGCUUUACUGAUUUUCAGAAGAUAGAUUUUUCAUUUUACUCAAUUUUGUUCAAGGAUUCUCAUUUGUUGCUUCCAAAAAAUAAUUCAGAUAAUAUUAUUUCAGGAAUUUCAUCUAUUGUUGAAAAUGAAGUUGAUAAUGCUUCUCAACUUAACAAUAUCAUGAUAACAUGCAUGCUUUACCCUUCAAAACUCUUGAAUACACUUAAAAAUUUCGAUUCCCUUAUAAAUGAAGAGCAGAAAGUCUUUGUUACAUCAUUAGUUGCUGCAAUAGCUGCAGCAGGUAACUUCCCACAAAUUUCUGAAUACAUCCAGCUUAUUCCUGUUCAUAAAUUUACUUGUGACUACUCAGAAAUACAAAACUUGGCUAAGAAAUAUAGUGAAAGUAAUAUUUUCACUGGUUUAUCGGCUUCAUUUGGCAGCCAAAUCAAUAUUGACAAUAAUUUGAUUGUUAUGUCAUUGUUUUUUGAACAUAUCGUUUAUUCUGAAGGCUCACAAGUAUUAACAGCAUUCAAGCGUGCUUAUGUGAAGCCAGCUUUAUGGUUUGCUGCUGAAUUUGUAUCUUUAUUUUCUCCAUUACUUUCAGAACCGAAAGAUUUCGCACAAAGACUCUCAGAAGUUAAAGAAAACAAGGUUGCUAUUGUUUGCAUCGCUUAUUACUUGGCUCAGAAACUUUCUCCGUUAUUAUUCGAUUGUAUUGACAAAGAAGACUAUUUCUCGGUACCACAAACCGCUUUCUUCCCCAAGAAAUUCAUUGUGGACACUGAUGAAGUCGAAUUUACCAAAAAAUUAUCUGAAAAAUAUUCUAACAUAUAUGAAACCAUCAAUGAAAUUGUUUCAAUAAGGCUUAAAUAA